UCAUAUAACGUGUCGACUUUACUUUGGCCCAAAUAUUCCUGUUGGGUCAUUUCUCAAAAUUUAUUAAAUGACAGCAGCUGUCAUAUUUUGACAUUUUUUGAUAACAAUUUGAAAAUGGUGCUCUAGCCAAAAACCGCGAAAGCAUAUUACCUUUUAUUUGACAUAAUAAAUGUAAAAUCGUGUGUUUAGUUGAGAAAAUGGGUGUGAAGGACCUUUGGUCAGUACUAACCCCACAUGCCGAGAGGAAACCCCUUUGCGAAUUACGUGGGAAAAAAGUUGCUAUUGACUUGGCUGGUUGGAUCUGCGAAAGCUUGAAUGUGGUUGAUUACUUUGUACAUCCCAGACAUCAUUUAAAAAACCUAUUCUUUCGCACUUGCUACCUUAUCUGGGAGGAUGUUACACCUGUUUUCGUUCUGGAAGGAGCGGCGCCCAAGUUAAAAAGUCAAGUAAUCGCAAAACGUGCUGAGUUGCAGUUUCGCGGGGUAAAACCAACUCAAAGCAAGAAAACUGAGACACAGCCAUCUCAACCCAAAGAUAAAGAUAAAGGGCGUACUCGAUUUAAUCAUGUGCUAAAACAAUGUGAAAACUUGUUACAAUCCAUGGGUAUACAGUGUAUCCAAGCGCCAGGAGAAGCCGAAGCUUAUUGCGCUUUUCUCAAUAAAAAUGGGUUAGUAGAUGGCGUAAUCAGCCAGGACUCGGAUUGCUUUGCUUACGGCGCUGUGCGUGUCUAUCGUAAUUUUUCAGUUUCCACUCAAGGUGCACAAGCUGCUCAAGGCGGAGCAGUGGAUAUUUACGAUAUGCAACGAAUAAAGGAAAAGAUGGAUUUUGGUCAGCACAAGACCAUUGUAAUGGCGCUACUCUGUGGAUGUGAUUAUUGUCCCGAAGGUAUUGGUGGCAUUGGACGUGAUGGAGUACUUAAACUAUUCAAUAAAUACAAAGAAAUAGAAAUCUUAGAUAGAAUAAGAUCCUGGAGGAAUGAGGACAGUAAAUAUUCUGCCUUGGAAAUGCGUGUUGAUGAUAAAAUGGUAUGCAGUAAUUGUGGGCACAUGGGACGAACACAGAGUCAUACAAAAAGUGGUUGUGGUAUCUGUCGCACCAGUCGUGGAUGCGAUGAAAGCCUCUGGAAGGAAGAACGCUUGUCUUUGAAAUCGGAGCUUUCACUACGUAGAAAAGCUUUGGCUGACCCCAUGUUUCCAUCUGAAGAAAUAAUUGCCGAAUUUCUCAAUGAACCUUCUACAGUUCCUAAAUUAAAUUUGGUUUGGGGACAACCUAGCAUUGUAAAAUUUAUAAAACAAAUUGGUCACCUUUUGCAAUGGACAGAAAUUUACUGCUUUCAAAAAUUUCUGCCAAUCCUAGCACGUUGGCAGGUACAAAACAUGCAACGAGUAAUUGAAUUGAAUGCAGUCGCGUAUAUAUCCGUAAAAGAAAUAGUUAAAAAACGAACUGUGCGUGGAGUUAUAAGCCUUGAGAUUAUUUGGCAGGAUGAGCGGGGUUUCUUUAAUGGUCUCAUACCAGAGGAACAGCUACAGGCUUUCGAGCAAGAAAAUCCAAAGGGGCUUCUAGCACUGUGGAGUACAAUAGAGCCAUAUUGCUUAGUGGAAAAUGCCUAUCCAAAUAUUGUGGCGGCGUUCAUGAAAUCAAAAGAAAAGCCGCCAAAGGCAGUUAAAGGUCGUCGAAAAGGAAAAACGACUGGCAAAGAUAUACUCAGUUCGCUAGAAAAUCUUUCAGAUUUAAUAACUGCCACCGAAGAAGUAGCUAAAAGUAUUAAACAAAAACCCAAAAGGCCCCCAAAACGUGCGAACAACAAUAAAAAAGGUUUGCAGUUGAUUGAUAAAUUUUUUAAACAGCAGAAACAUUCACCACAUUCGAGUAUGCCAGAUAAAUUUCAUUCACCUGUUAAAAAUAAAAAUGCAUUUCCUGCAGCGACACAGUGCUCUACACCAAUAACCAAAACGUUGCCGUCGGAUUUAGAAAGUGACUGCGAUGAGUUAACCCACAAUAUAUCAGACAUUGUAAAUGGCAUCGUCCGUGUCACCAACAGAUUUGCGGGAUUAACAACACAUAAAGGGCGGGCAUUACAUUACGAGCCAAUUUCGAAAGAUUUGAGUCUUUUACUGAAUGAGUGGAGUAUCAAAGAUGAUUUAGAUUUAAUAACCCAGAAAAGAAACUUAUCAAUUUGUUCUCAGAAAGAAGCAAACAAUUCUCCAUUAUCAAAACGCAUAUCAUUGGACGAUAGCUUCGAUGCUUUGGUAAAUGAAAAGCGCCAUAAACUGCAUAGCUUAACGAAAAAAGCCAAACAGCUGAAUUUGUUCACCGCCAUAGCGUCACCACCAGUAAAAACACAUUUAGAUCGUUUCAAAGAACGCAACUUUUUACAAUCUUCACCAAAAAUAGUAGAGCAUCAAAAUGAAAUGGAGCUUAUGCCCGAGAAUGAGGACGCUCAAAAUAUUAGUUAUUUCCUUGAUAAAAGUUAUCAUGAAAACGAUGAAUUUGAGAAAGUAAUGGAGAAUGAAAUGGAGCUUAUGCCCGAGAAUGAGCGAGCCCAAAAUGUUAGUUACUUCUUUGAUAAAAGUGAUCAUGAAAACGAUGAAUUUGAGAAAGUAAUGGACUUAAGUCUAAUAAAUAAACCAACAAUGCAUGUGGAUUGCAAUGCUUCAAUGGAUAUCUUAAUUAUUACCGACAGUAGUGACGAAUGUUAGUAUUGCUUUAGACCAUUUUACUAUUACAACGCUUUUAUCAACUUGCAAUGUUGUGUAUCCAGUAACUUGCAAUGUUGUUUGUCCAGACAGGCAGAU